UCCAGUGCAUCAACUAUUAUUCUAGAUAGAUCACCAGUUAGAUCGAUGGGCACCCCAGUGCACCACCAGGAUGGCAGUGAUGAAGAAUCUGGUUCAGCUCACUUCUUUGACAGCCACAAAACCCAGGCAAGACACUACAAGACACUUCAAGACAUGUACAAGACCAAAAAACCGAACAAAGCUGCUGUUACCCAACUGCUGAACCUGGAGUUUGAGUCUAGAAGACAAUUCAUUAACUCUGAUGCUAUAAAGGAGCAAGACAGAGCAGUGAAGAUACUAGAGGCGUAUCCUUGUUUCAGAGAACUGGAUCAUGUCCUUGAUGAGCUGCGGAGAAUUAUUCAACCAUCCAACUUGAAAUACAUUUCUGAGAUGAAGGAUAGAUGGGAAAUCUUCUACUCGAAGGUGCAGUUUUAUGGUGUCAUGAAGAAAGUUAUGAAGCCGCCAAAAACUUUGGAUGGAGUGGAACAUGCAGCAGCUGUGUUCGGAGCCCUUCCCAUGCUUUUCCCUUCCAGCACAGUACCACCUAAGAAGCUGGGCAUCUGUAGUGAGGCUUUUUUCCAUGUCCUAAAGACUUCAGAAGACCCUGAAGGCUACCUGCGUCAGCGACCCCUGGCUUGUCCAGUUCUGCUUGUCUCUGAAGGCAACUGCAUGAUAGCUGUUGGAACCACAGCGGUGAGCACUUUUGACCGGAAGGAUCUUAAUGAGGGACUGCUCUAUCUGAUGGCAUAUUACUAUGCCCUCCACCUCACAUAUCCAAAGUGCAUUUCCACGCUGCUGUCUGUCUUGCAAACUGAAAUACUCAAAGACUCCAUCCAUGACCGAGAUUCAACCCCCUCUUACAGGAAGGCUCUUGGUGAGUGGAAGUCAUUCAUUGAGUGAGUCUCUCAGAUGACAGACUCCAUCUGCCUUGUUUAUCAGUCUCAGUGUUAGUCAGUGAGGUUGUUUUUCUUUUCUUUUUUUUCUCUAGAAAAGUUGUUCAAAUGUAAAACACAUGUUUGUUUGUGUGGUCGUUAAACUUGUUCUUCUAAAAUGUUAUGUAAUAUAGUAUUUGCAAUAGUGAUUGUUUUAAGCUUCAGCAAAAUUUAUUUUUGAUACCAGCCAUGUUAUACUGUUAUUAUUCAUGUUAAGAGCACUUGGCCAUGUUACACCCUGCUGAAAUGUAUAAUUUUAGACAUGAUUCUACUGACCCAAUAA